CGUGGCACCCGUAGAUUUGCGGUAAAGACAGACGUGUAUCUAAACCGGAAGUUUUGUACAGUACUACUAUCAUUAGUGAUGACUACGAGCUAUCGGCUGAUCGCAACUUGUAAAAGUGGGAUAUGUUACGAAUGAAUUCAAAAGACGAUGCCAUCCGACUUAACGUUAAAUUUCGAACACCAUCAACAACAUCCAGCGAUGGAUAGUGAGACAGACAUGAUCUCCAUCGACCAGGGAGGAGAGUGGGACAUAAGCCUGUUUGAUGAGUUGGACAACCUAGGAGAUGCAGAUGAGCUGCUUGAGGCCCUGAAGAACUCUGGCUAUGCCACCGAUGGUCCAGAUCUGGACUUUGAUAUAGAUAUACCUCAGUGGAAUGAAUUGGAUGCAGGCAGCCCCUGCACAGAUGGUGAAGCGAGCAUGGACUCUCUGUCACCUGCCCACACUCUGAGCUCUGUUUCCUCUCCUGCCUCAGUGGAAGCCCUGUCCCCAUAUUCCUUACAGGAUGAGGCUCUGUCUCCACAGUUGCUGCCCUCUCCCGUUUCAGUGUGCUCGGAAUCAAGUGGCUUUUCUGAAAUCUCUCCUUCACCUAAGAAGGCUCCAAAGAGAACCAGCCAGAGCCCACGAGUCAAACCAGUUCAGCCACUAAAGAGGCCGAUUCAGAUCGGCCCAAGGGUCUCCAUCCAGCCAAAAUCGCUGAUUACAGCUGUGCCCUUGGCUCAUGCGGCAGCUCCCCUGCAGGCAAAGACAAUCAUCAUCCAGCCCCUGCAGACCACUGUGCUGCCUGUGGUCAAACCAGCUCCAGUCAGCAUCCAGCCAGCACCCCCUCCAGGCUGUCACAUAGUCCUGUCUCAGCCGACCCAGGUGCUACAAAUCCAGACACCACAGACCGUCACCAGCAAUGUGGUCACCUUGCCAACGCUCAGCCAGGAAAGGCCUGUCCCUGUCGCCGCGCCUCCCAUGGUCUCUGUCACACAUCGGACCACUUCCUCAGAUGAUGAUUCAAAGAUGUCCCAGAGGCAGCAGCGUAUGAUUAAGAACCGCGAGUCAGCAUCCCUGUCUCGGAAAAAGAAGAAAGAGUACCUGCUCUCUCUGGAAGGUCGCCUGAAAGUGGCACUGUCUGAGAAUGAGGUGCUCAAGUGUGAAAAUGGCAACCUCAAGAGACAGCUGGAGGGCCUGCUGAGCGAGAACACAGUACUAAAGGCAACAGCCCCCAAGAGGAGAGCUGUGUGUCUCAUGGCCGUCUUGCUGUUCCUUGUGCUUAAUGUCGGACCAUUAAGUGUUUUUCAGGGUGACUCAAGCUCUAAAGGCGGGGUUGUUUCCAUGCAGCACAAUGGCAGACACCUGUUGGGUUUCUCCCCAGAGGCAGAACCUGAGGCUGCGAUGGGCCCCAAGCCUGUCAGCAGCGCUCCCUCUGAGAUGACUGACAGAUCUGAAGAUAAGGCCCUGAUGGUGGUGAAGGAUCCUAUCUUCCUCAGGCCUCCUCCCCCUUGCCAGCCUCCUGUGAACAGGACUAAGUGCACCAGGUUGGCCCAUGAGUUGAGGGGUUGGGUCCACCGCCAUGACGUGCAGCAGACCAAAUCCAGGCGCAUGAGUAACAGUAACAAUAAACCUACCAGGACCAUCCAGAAAACAGCGAAUACAGAGGCUGCCCAGAUUGUGACCAUUCAAUACACAGAAACUACUGAGGAAAAGAAUCCUGGCAGUGAGCUGCAGGUAUACUACGCACCUCAUCACACCUACAGUGACUUCUUUGAUGAGAUCAACCGUCGUGGUGACACUUUCUACGUAGUGUCUUUCCGAAGGGACCAUCUUCUACUUCCUGCUACCAACCACAACAAAGGGAGUCGACCCAAGAUGUCUGUGCUGUUGCCAGCCAUGAACAUAAAUGACAGCGUCAUCAGGGACAAAGAGUUUGAGGUGAUGAUGCAGAUUGACUGUGAAGUGACGGACACCAGGAUUCUCCACAUCAGGUCUUCCACCAUCCCACCUUUGCUCCGAGUCAACCACACAAACACAUUUUACCAGCAUUCCCCAACCGACAAUCAGGCCUCGCCUCCUGUUGGUGUGCUAAUGGGGCCUGCUUAGGGUCAACAGCUGCAUUAUUUAUAACUGUCAAGACAAAAACCUAGAAACUCAAUCUCUUCAUGUCUGC